AUGAUUAAAUUAAAUGACGUAGAGAUACCACUGUUGAAGCCGGAGUGUUUUAGGAUACCUGCAAGAUCGAAACAAAUUAUUCAUGCGCGAGUAAAAAAGAGUGAAAAUAAUGCAGAAAAUGGCUGGAUACCCCUUCAAGGGAUGGAAGAAGGAAUAUUAUUUGGAAACUUCAUAGCCAAAAAUAUCAACGGAAAAAUAGUCGCAGAAUGCAUUAACACGAGUGACGAGAUAGAAUGCGUGCCCAUUCCGGAAGUAGAGCUGCUAGAUAACGAAGAAAUUUAUCAGAAGCACUUAGAAGACGUUGAAGGAGAUAAUAUCGAAAGCUUGGGGGAAGCGGUAAUAGGGUUAUUUAACGAAGGAAUAGGUGAUAAUGAAGAAAAAACAAAAAAUGUUACGAAAGACGAUGAAGAGUUAGAGAAACAAAAACGGAGCGACAUCUUAGAUAAUCUAGCAUCAGCACGGUACAUCACAGUAGUGGACCUCAAAUCGGGAUUCUUUCAAGUAAAAAUACACGAAGAUGAUGGACAUAAAACGGCAUUUUCAGGAUUACAAGGCCAUCAAAUAGAAGUGUAUUUUGAUGACAUAAUGGUCUUUGCCCCUGAUCUUGAGGAACAUGAGAGACGAUUCACGAAACUGUUGAAACAGCUGGCAGCUGCAAACCUUACGAUUGAACCUAAAAAGUGUCAAUUCUUGAAAAAAGAAGCGAAAGUGCUCGGUCACAUCGCAGGCAAUGGACAAAUAAUGACUGAACUCAAGAAACUUGAAGUGGAUAGAAACUAUCCUCAACCGAAAAACGUAAAGAAAGUUAAACAAUUUUUAGGAUUCGCAGAUGGACCUGUACUCAUCGCCCCAGAUUUGGAAAAAUCCUUUGUCGUCACAACGGACGCAUUAGAUUACGCGAUCGGAGCGAUUCUCAGUCAGGGAGAAAUCGGAAAAGAUAGACCGUGCGAAUACGCGUCUCGCUGUCUUAUAGGAAGCGAACUCCGCUACCCGACCUACGACAAGAAACUAUUGGCAAUUGUAUUUGCAAAAGAGCAAUUUAGACCAUAUUUAUACAGACGCAAGUUUACGGUGGUUACAGACCAUGAGCCACUUAAGCAUUUUUAUUCGUCUAAAAAACCUGAUAUUCAUUUUAACAGACCCAAAGCGGAACUGAGAGGGCAUGAGUUGGAAGUUAUUUACCGCCCGAGUGUAAACAACAGACCACCCGACGCACUAUCACUAAACCCAGUACUACAAGAGGGGGAAGUAAAUUCUGAACAGCCACAGCAAGAGCUAUAUCAGCUUGUGGACGAACAAGAGAAAGAAGAACCAGCUGAUAGUGACGGACCACCGGCGCGCAUAUUUAAAGUACGGGCAACUCGUAAGAAGAGAAUUCAAGGCAAUCCGAAAAAAAUAAAAGUCUAUGACGAUGAAUUUGGCCAUUUACAUCUAGAAGGAGUAAGUGAAAAUGCACAUUAUACAACUCUUAUACAGGCCUCCAGCACGAUAAAUACGGAACAUAAGUCAGGGACAGAGCCACCUAAAGACCAUAGCAGUAGUGAAAGAAGUGAUGAGAAUAAGCAUAAGCCCGAGCUACACGAAAGAGUGGAAAGAGGCAAGCGGGGGAAGGAGAACAAAAGUCAUUUAGAAAAAGAGCUAGGCACUACCGGAAGAGCAGUGGACACAAGUGGUUUUUUGAUAUGGGUUAUUACUAGAGAGUCAAAAGGUAAAUAUGAUUUGCAAUACGAGGGCUCAUAUGAAGUAACAGACACUGAUUAUAUCAACAAAAACGUAAAACUACACAGAGGUGACGAAAUAACAGUAUCCCACGUAGAUAAGAUCAAAAAAGCGUGUAUGGUAAAGGCAUUACCAGAGAAAACAAACAGGGUGAAGCAAACGAAAGAACCUCCUUGA